UCCUCUUGCCCUGCAAACGCAUUUGGCGCCUCACAACCUUGCCCGACGCAGCGAUCGUGCUCGUUAGCCCCGGGUUUGUAUCAACGACGGGCUACAAUACGAAGGCAAUCAUUGGACGCAACUGUAGGUUCCUUCAGGGACCAUCUACAGCCCCUGAAUCGGUGCAAAGGAUAAGAGAUGCAUUGAACGCGGGACGAUCUUGCACCGAGGUGCUUCUCAACUACCGCCGUGACGGCACUCCAUUCUUCUGUCUUCUCUCUAUCAUCCCAUUGAGAGACGCAGCAGGACAGGUCUGCUACUUCAUCGGAGGACAGACUAACGUCACAUCCUCUCUAGCAUCGAGCAAGGGCCUUGGGUUCCUUGUAGGAGGUGGUAUGAGCUCUCAACCCAAGCCUGAAGAGCACGUCCGCAAUGGGUACGAGAUCUCGCCGACUAUGGCUAGGCAUUUGGUGGAAGCGAAAGCUGGAGAUGGAAGCGCCAAUGGUGAUCUCGGACGCCUUGGUCGUUUUGCUUCAUCAACGAGCCUUAACAGCGGCGGAGGGCAACGUAGACGCGAUCAAGGCGGCGCCGCAGGCUCUGCUGCGCGUCGCGGUCGUCCCUCAGCGGCUGGCGCCUAUGAUCCCUCGUCAUCUCGCGGCCCAAUGGAAGAGCGCUACGCCCGCCAGUCAACGCAAAAGCAAGGCUUCGUCUCCCGUCUCUUCGGCGGUGGCUCCUCCAGCAGCAGCAAGAGCGGCAGUAGCUCAGCGCUCGUCAGCUCCUCCGGCACGCGCGCCGGACCAAGCACAGCGCUCGCCUCGCCCACUACGUCCAAUGGUCCCUCGAGCAACUCAGGGCAACAACGCCUUCUCGGUGCAGAAGGGCUCAUCCGCUCUCAGCCGCCAGCGCGUAUCGGAGCGCAGAUGGACUGGUUCACGGACCUCUACUCUCGCCUCCUCGUCUUCAAACGACACCGUCGCGAGAUCAUCUUUGCGACGGUGCCUGUGCUGGACCUCUUGGGUUUGCCCACAGGGAAUGCCAAACAGGUCUACAAGAGUCCACUCCUGCACGCCGAUGUAUUGGAUUUGAUGCGUGGGGAGAAUCGUGGAGAGACACGUCAGCUACGAGAGGCUGUGAAGGAGGCGGUCAAGUCAGGGGAUCAGAUUUCCGUCAAGACGGGGCUCAGGGUUCAGAAGAAGGGUUUGAUGGGUCGAAUGCUCGGUGGUGCUACGGGCGGUGGAGAUGGUGGGGCGGCGACUAUGCUGGAAGGCAGCGAAGAGAUGCGCGUCGUCACCAUGCACAUCACACCGCUCGUGGACAGGGAAAACAGCUCCUUCGCCUUCGUCGCUGUACUGGGGUAGGCGAGCGACGCUCUCGUGCCCUCACGUACUUUGAACAGCAUUCGUAUACCCCCUUUUGGCUCUUUCUUGUUCUUCUUCUCUCUGUCGGGCUGACUCAGUCAGCGCCCUUUUCUGCU